CUGCUGUCACCUCAACCCAGACAGAAGGACAAAGCAAAAGCACCAUCCACACCGCCUCGUACUAAGAAGACAGCCAAGAGCCAGCAGGCUACAACCCAGGCCCUUCUACCCCAGGCCAUUGACACACAGCCUGAGAGAGCUGUGGAGACCAGGGUCAAGUAUAACAUUGAGGAGUUAUGGAAGGACAGCAAGACUGAGACUGAACAGCGGUACAUUGUACCGGACCUGGCCACAGUGAGUGAUGUCCAGAAAGUUGGGAAAGAGGACCAACCAAAAGCACCAACUCCACCAGCACCUUCUGCAUCACCCCUGGCCUCUGAGAUAAGUAAACAGAAGGCCGAUGUGGCUGUACCUCUUGCUGUCACCUCUAUCCAGACACAAGUCGAACCAAAAGCACCAGUACCAUCCACACUGCCUCGGACCAAGAAGACAGCCAAGAGCCAACAGGCUCCCACCCAGGACAGUCAGCAAGCUAAGCCACUGUCACACACCCCUGUCAAAGAGAAAACCAUACCAGUCAAACAAGAAGCUUCAGCUCUGACUAAACCGGAGAGCAAGAUAAUCGGUUCUGAUCAACCCAGACAAACAAAGAUACGCGUCACUAAGACAUUGCAGUCAGAGAAAGCAGAGACAGUGUGGACUGAAAUUGACAUAUCUCAGGCAGAGGUUAGCAAUGCAUGCCUACCACAGACUCAACCAGAACCCUCCAAAGCAACGAGUGACAGAGCUAUUGAGGUUCAGGGCAGAGGGACCUGGGAAGAGCAUGAUAAAGAGUGGAGAAGUGAACAUGACCAAUGUGAGGCGCAAGAAAGUCUGACCGAACCAAAGGUGAAGUUGGAGGCUACUGCCCAACCAGACAGAAAACAGUCAGCUAAAAUCGAAAGUGAGAGUCAGUCAGUGAGUGAAAAACAGCCAAAGAGAGAUGCUGCCCAACCAAUCAAGCAACAUGGAGCUACAGCUGCAACUGAGAACACCCGAAAAGAAGACCGGGAGAGCAGCACUAAAGGCCAGCCAGAGAAGCUUCUAAAGUUUUUGCAUAAGAAGUGUUUUGGGAAUCUGCGCCCAGGCCCUGUUGCUAUGGCAACAGAGAGCAUAGAGAGGGCAAAGCCGGAUGGCAGUGACUUGCCACAGCAGCAACAGGUGUGCAGCACAGAGAAGCCAGCAGCUCCUGUUGAGGCAGCAGUCCCUGUUGUAAACAAGGAGACUCUAACCCCAGACCCUUUUGUGAAAAAAGAGACCCCAGCUGUACCAGAAGGACCCACCAUGCAGGACAUCUUCACUGACAUCCAGCGCCUGUCACAAACUGGACCAAAGAGCAUUCUCAUUGAGAUUAAACCUUGGGAGGACCCCAUGAGGAUUCUGAACACGUCUCUGGCUGACCUGCAGGCUCGUCUGAGCAGGCUGGUGGUCAGGGUACUGGGCUGCAGAAACCGCCCUGCAGACCUCAGCCCCGCAGCCAUGGCUUUGCAGGUGGAGGAGGCCGAGGAGUGCAGACAGGCUGCUCAGACCCAGGUGUCUGUGUUCUCCCAGCCCAGAGAGGCUCAGACUGCAGACCGGGAGGCCUUUGAGCAUGUGGAGAGCCAGUGGGGCGCAGCAGUGUGGGAUGCCUCAGAAGCUGUCCACUGUAAGGAGGCCCAGCUGCAGCUGGUCACUGAGGCGGACAGGCAGACACAGACAGUCAAGGCCACUCUGGAGAAGCUGUCUGCAGAGCUGGAGGCCCUCACAACAUCUCCAGUGGAGAGCAGCUCAGCAGAAGCUGAGGAGCUACGUUCCUUUCUGCGGGGUAUGGAGGAGGACAGGACCGUCAUGGGGGAGCUGAUCCUCACUCUCACCAAGCUGUCCCCCCACCUGAACCAGGCAAAGCGAGCUGCUGCACAGAUCCAGCAGAUAGGCCUGCAGGAAGAGUGGAGGUCACUAGAGAGAGCUUCAGAGAAGACCCUGUACUGUGUCAAUGGCUAUGCCAGGGAAACCAGCAGCCUUCUCGCAGAGAUCUCCUCUCUUCAGGAGCAACUGGAGGUCAUAGGAAAGGCUACAGGCUCACCCCAUUCCACUACAAUCCAGUGGGACAGCAAGAGGGCCCAGGAGCUGAUUAUGGUGAAUGCUGAGCUGACUGCAGCUCAGCAGAAAUACCUCUACCUGCAGCAGGGCUCAGAGGCUCUGGCCCACAGCUCCCAAUGGGAGAAGGAGACAAAGCAGAUAGAACAGGGGCUCCAACAGGUCAAGGAGCAGCUGGAUCGUGUUGGAGAGCAGGUGUCCUCUCAGACCCCCAGCAGUGACAACCCUAUCAUGAAUAAGAUCCACAAGGUAAUGAUGGACGCGUUUGCCUGGGCCAAGCAGACGGAGAGCGACAUCGAGGGCCGGAGGAGGAAGGUGGCCCUGCUCCCCGAGGAGGUCCAUCGGCAGAUCAAAGACCUGAAGAAGCUGCAGUGGGAGAUGGCGGCCAAGCAGGCCCAGCUGGAGGCCCUGGUGGAGGAGGUGGAGGAGCUGCUCCCAGAGCUGGACCAGGCUGAUGAUGUCCCCAUGGUGCACUCCUCCCUGGUCAGCCUGGAGAGUCUGUCCAGGUCCACCACAGAGAAGCUAGCCAAGGCUGUGAAGGAGAUGGAGUCAGGCCUGCAGACUAGAGAGAAUAUGUCAGAGCAGAUAGCAGACCUGGACUCCUGGGUGGUGGGUCACCUCCAUAGAGAAGCCUCCAGGAGGGGAGAGGGGGAGGGCCAGGGUACUAAAGACCUGGAUCGCCGGGUCAGACAGAUUCAGGAGACCCUGGUAGAGGCGGAGAAACAGGCUGCUGUGUCCGAGGCUCUUCUCAUGAGGAGCAGAGACAUCGCCUCUGAGCUCAGCAUCACAGAGAACUGCCUCCUCAAUGAGAAACUCACAAACCUCCAGGAGGACAUCAAGAGCAUAAUCAGCUAUGAGAAAGCUAACAAGCAGGAGCUGGAGGAACUCCUUCAGACCCAAGACGCAUCUAGGCACAAGGUGACCACGUUGGAGAAGAGCCUGAGACAGAUGCUGGUGGACCUAAACAGACACAGGUUCCCGGUCACCAGGGAGACUCUAAGCACCAUUGAGCCGUUUAAACACAUGAUCGUGGAGCACAAGUGCCAGGUGGACAAGCUGCAGCCCUUCAUCCCUGAGGAGAAGAAACAAGAGCUGCUGUGUGUCAUUUCCCAGUUGCACUGCAAAAUGAGCACGCUGAAUAUGAAGGCCAAAGAACACGAGAGGUACCUAACCUUCAGGAAGUGUGUGGAGGAACUGCGGGAAAAUGUGGAGGAGCAGGUCCUCCAGACCAAGGAGGAGAACAGGGGGAAGGAGGAGAGGUACACGACCGGUCAGGUCAUCCUCACUCAGCUCCCUCUGAUAAAGAGACUGUGUGAGGAGGCUGCCGAUGAGCUGCAGAGCAUCUCCCAGGACCUCUAUCCCUCACAGCUGACUGCAGAGCGUGGGAGGCUUAAGCAGAACCUGGAGAGCUUCCAAACCUGGGAGAUGACUGUGAUCAACAAUAUCCAGAUCCUGGAGUGGGGCCUGCUGAAGGAGGUGCACCUCCAGUCAGAGCAGAGAGCUGUGCUGGCCUUCCUAAGGGACAUCCAGCGGGAGCUGCAGCAACCAUGCCAAGUCGAUCCCACAGAGGAAGCCGUCGACAAGGAGCACUGGAGGAUUGUGACCCUGCGGAUGACCGUGGAGUGCAGACUGAGGGUGUUGAAGAUUCUAGAGCGCAAGAAAGGACCUAGGCAGCAGGAUGGAUCCCCGGAGUAUAGUGACCUGAUGGACCUGAAGAAUGCAAUCCUGAAUGAAUGUGACUUACGGAUGGAGAGCGUUUCCCAGGCACGGGAUUCUUUGAGAGACUACACUGGAGCUGUGAGUGGUGCUGUCCGGUUCCUCCAGGAGGCUGAGGCCCUGCUCCAUCCCUCAUUAGCCCCAGUCGGAGAUUGCCUUGAGAGGCUGAGGGACAUCCAGCAGGCCCUGGCAUCCAUGGAGGAGCAGCUCCAUUCCCAUAUAAGCCAGCUCCAGACCCUGGCCCUCCAGCAUGACUACCUGAGCCCCCAGAUGGUGGAGCGUCUACAGAGGGAGGUGCUGAGCCAGCUCCUGGUGCGGAUGUCCACCCUCCAGGCCCAGGCCCAGCUCAAACUGGAGGUCCUGCAGAGGUGUGCUGAGUAUCACAGAAGGUAUAGGAAGUGCCAUGAGGAGAUCUGCCAGUGUGUAAAAAGCGCAGAGACCCAUCUCUCCUACUGUCACUCUCACAAAGUCAGCUCUCUCACAGACUGCACCGACCAGCAAGCUAAGCUAAAGGCUCUGUCUGAGGAGGUGGACUCUGUAACUGGGCUUCUAAAGUGUUUGGGGGAGUGGUGCCCGGAGCAGGGUUGCCGUUGCAGCAGGGAGGGGGCGGUGAGCGCGCUCUGGAGGCAGGUGGCAAGACUGCAGCGUUGCACCCGCAAUCUGAAGACUCACUCAAAUCAGAGGGCAGACGAAUGGAGUGAUAUUACAAAGAGCGUGGAGCGAGCGUCCAUCAUGCUGGAGCAGGUGGAGGCUGAGCUGCCAGAUGACUCCAGGGAGAAGGUGUGUGGGGAAGAGCUGCAGGUGCUGCUGUUGUACUGGGACCAGUACCAGGACAGGCUAGACUGUGAGCACCGAGCUCUCUCAGCUCUCGAGCUCCGCAUCGCCAGACUGCUGGGCGUCCCCGCCCACCUGGAGCAGGCCCCGCCCACCCCGCUGUGUCAACAGUUGCAGGUCAUGCAGGACCGCUAUGGCAGUCUGAAGGAGAAGAGCAUGCUGGGGCGGUGUGUGGUGCGGACGGAGGUGGAGGAGAGGGACAAGGUGAGGGAGGAGCUGAGUGGGGUGAAGGCAUGGCUGGUGGCUGCAGAAGACCGCCUGUCACAGCUGGAGCAGUGUCCCAGCACACAUAAGCUACAGGAGGUUCACACCCAGCUGUGUACCCAGAAGGCAGUGCUGCAGCGCAUCAUGGAGGGUCUGAGGAUGAAGUACUCAGACAUGUACACCCUGGUUCCCGUGGAGAUAGAGGGACCGCUACAGGAAGUUACACACUCACUGCAGGAAGUAGAGGAGAAGGUAGGGGAUGUAAUGGAGAAGAGCGGUCCCCUGCACAGACUGGGAGCCAAGGUGUCUGAGAUCAAGGCUGGUCUGGGAUCAGUGCAGGAUAAACUGCAGCAGAGAAGUCCCUCUCUGUCGGAGGCAGAAAGCACACAGAAGCGUGUGUGGGACGAGCUGGACAUGUGGCACUCCCGUGUGGCAGCGUUGGAGGUGGAGGUGCAGGAUCUGGAGCAGGCUGAGGAAGCCCAGGUCCUCACAGAGAGCCUGAUGGAGGCCCAGCUGCUCCACUCACACAUGGCCAAGCAGGCAGAGCAGAGGACCGCCUUCCUCAGCAAGAUCAGCACAUGGUUACAGGAGCAUGAUGAGAUGAUCAACAGCUCCAACAGUUGGCUAACUGAGGCUCAGUCCUGGCUCACUGCUCCCUGUACCUACACUACAGCCAAAGAUUUGGCCAGCUACGUCCACGCACUACAGAUGGUGCUGGAUGACUCGCAGCAGAUCCGCAUCACUCUGCAGGGCUUUGUGUCCGUGCUGAACGAGAUCUCCUUGGUGUGUGACAUCACAGCGCAGCAGGAGCAGCUGGCCGAGGCUGACCGCCAUGUGGCCGCUGUGCAGCAGGGCUUUGUGGCUCCGCUCUCCCAGCUAGACCAUGCCGCCGCCGAGGUGGAAGCUAUAGAGACAGAGGUGAAGAUGAUGGAGAAGGAUGUCACUGAGAUCAGGACGUUGUUAUCGUCCCCUGACACUCUUCCCAGCCCCAGAGAGGAGAGCCUGAAGGUGUGUGUGGACAGGAUCCAGUCUUUGCGGACGACCAUAGCAGAGAUCCAGAGCUGUAAGCCAGGCCUGUGUCUGCCAGAGAAGGCUGAGGAGACCCUCACUGUCUUUCAGAGAGUGGACCAGCUCCAACAGCAGCUAGAAGAGCUGGAGAAGAUGGUUCCAGGGGAGUUCAUAGUGAAGAAACAGACACUCACUUUACCGCCAGUGAAGGUCCCUGCACCUAGCCCAACUGUACCCACCUCUUCCACAGAGAAUGUUUCUGUGCCCAGCUCAACAUUACCAGCCACUGAGGAAGCAGACGAGAAUGGAAUGGAGCAGGGCCAGAUCCAGAUAGUCCAUGUAGAGGAAGACGCGCUGAAUAGUUCUGGAGCUUCACUGAUGACCGUGGAGGAGUCUUCUCCUGAACAGAGACUCAGCUGGGGAACGGAGAAGAGUCGGGACCCUGAGGUUGCAGCAGAAGAGAGCCAUGCUGCAGCUGAGGAAGAAGGUGGAACCACAGCCAUGGAACAGAGUCAGGACACAACUGAACAGGACCUCUCUGUAGUGGGUCUCUCGGUCGCCUCAGGAACAAGUGUGUCCGAAGCUUUAUCAAAACCUGUGGGCACAGUCAGAACACAGUCUCUGUCUGAAAGCAUGGUAAACACACCCCCCUCCAUUAAACUCUCAAAAUCCUCCAAGUCCCAAUGUAUUGUGUCCUAGACCUAGUCUGGAGUAGAACCCAUUGUUUAGACUCCCUCUCUAUCUCUAUCUACGUUCGGUGCAUUUACAUGGCGGAAGAAUCCCAGAUAUUCUAUCAUACUGCAGUUUGAUUCUCACAGGUUGCAGUAUGAGUCUGAACAUUCUGUUAACACAUUGUCAGGAAUUCGAAUUCCGAUUUUUAUAGUUUUAUAUGUUUACGUGAUAAAUGAAAACUAAGCAUGCUAUCCAGUGAACUGUCAGGGAGUAGGCUCAUGUGAAUCUGGUUCAUCCCUGGUUACUGAUCGCUGGCAGACCACCUCUUUUACAACAAAGACAAUUCCUCUAACUGGAAGGGAAAGAAAGGAUUUGAUGAUGUGGGGUGCGUUUUUAAAAAGGAUACUAUAUUGUACUGCAUGGGUCCUUUUUUGUUGUUUGAUGAUCAAAAAACGUACUUGACAUUGAUACGGUGAUAAUUAUUUGGACUUGCCAUAAAAUCGUAUAUUGGUAACCACAUUUGUGAAUCCUGUUUUAUAAUGUAUAAUAUACAUUUAUUAGACAUGGUUGAGCCUUUAGACUCGAAGCAAUAUGCAUAUCUGUUUAGUUUAUUACUCUAUGUGCUUGCUUACACACAUAUGCAUUGUAUUUCAAUGAGUUAUGAUCGUUUUGCAUAAUAUGCUGUUUACACACUAUUCCACCACUGCCUGGAAGCAGGAUGGCGUGGAAAACUAUAUUCUUGGAAUUAGGAUUUUAACCAUUUAUACUUUAGAUACCCAAGCAAGUACGUUUAUAGUAAAGUAUACACUACCAAGAUGACUGUUGGCCAUGAAAAUGCACUGAUUGAACUUAAUUGAUAUUAAUAUAGUACUUAGUCUUAAUACUUCUGCAUGUACUGUACUGUAGGAUGUUCUUUUUCAUUUUUCCUUUGUGAACAAAUACAGCUUCUUCUUCUUAUGUGGCAAAACUAAAGAAAAGAGAAAUAAAUCCAGCCAAAUGAUCUACUC